AUGAAAUAUAUCAGUGAACUCUAUGGCAUGACGUGGGAUAUUGCCUGUGCACUGGCGAAACCAUUGCUAGACAUUCGAAUUAUAGGUCAGGAAAUAGUCCAAGACUCAACGUCAUGGGACGAUUUGAUGCUACUACCAGACUUGAAUGCUGUCUUUGCAGAAGAUGCGUUUGUCAAUGUGGAACAUUUGAAUGCACAACGAUUUAAGCAUGAAGGUUUAUUUGCAGUCACGUAUCAUCCACUGGCAAUGCAUGUUGAAAGAAGGUUGGGUGUCAAUGUCAAGUACUUUGAGGAUGAACAUGCAGACUUGACACCACAUGAUCUUGUGAUCCUUGGAGGAACAUUUGAUCAUUUGCAUAAUGGACAUAAGAAACUGCUGUCACUAGCUGUUGGUAUUUGUGCCAACCGUAUGAUUGUGGGUGUGACGGCAGAUAGGAUGUUGAAACAAAAGUCGUAUGCAGAGUUACUGGAGCCUUUGGGAAAACGAAAGAGUGCUGUACGCGCGUACAUUGCAUUCCUUAACCCAAACAUUAGUGCAGACAUUGUUACGAUUGAAGAUCCAUUUGGUCCAGCAAUUGUAGUACCAGAGGCAGCGGCUAUGGUUGUAUCGACUGAAACGCUUUUGGGUGCGAUCAAGAUCAACAGUAUACGCGUUGAUCGUGGAUUGCCUAAGGUUCACAUAUUUGCAUGCCGCCGCACGGAGAGCAGCACACUUAGUUCUAGCUGCAUUCGUGAGAAGAUUGCAGCUUCUCACAAUUGCUAA